AGCCCAACGGACCCCUGAUUCGCGCCUUGAUCGGGGGCGCCCAACCACAAUAUGGUUGACGGGCCCCUGUCACGCAGCGCUACAUAAAGAGGUGGGGGUCGGCGGCACGCAGUACGAGGUUCACGUGUUGCCAGGCUCCCCACCGAAAACCCCGACCCGAUCUAGGUCUAGCGCUGACAGUGACGGGAAGCUCCGCCGCCGCCACUGCCUGCACACCGCCACCAUCCACUCACUGCCAUCACCGGCCACCGUCACCAUGGCCGGCACCGGGAGUUCCUCAUCUGCACCAGGACAAGGAGGCUUUCACUUGAUGAGUUGCCUAAAAGAAGUUCCGACACUCAGAGGUGACAACCACACUGAGUGGAGGAAGAAAGUUGAACUGGCAUUUAUUUGUGCUGAUCUUGACUGGGUUGUGGUGAAACCACAGCCGGUCAGACCCACAGAGCCAGUAAGAGAGGCCACUGGUGAUGAUGCUGCAUGGGCUAAAAAGAAGAGGGACUAUGCUCCUUUGGAGCAGUCCUACCUCAUAGAUAACCAAAAGUGGGUCAAUGCAAACAAAAAGUGCAUGGCUUUUAUAAAGAAUACAAUUGAGAGCGCCAUUGUGGGCUCCAUUCCAGAGUGCACUUCCGCAGGGGAGUUGCUUACAAAGAUAAAGAGCCAGUUCACUGGCUCUUCAAAGAUCUAUGCCACCCAGGUGUUAGAGCAACUGGUGACAGAACGCUACACAGGUGGUAGUUGUGGAAUAAGAGAGCACAUCCUCAGGAUGA